CGAGGAAACAACGUCAACGUAUACCUCGGGUCAUUUUGGUAAAAAUCCACCGUUCUUCCUCUGCUUUUUCCGCUUUGUGUUUUUCCAACUGAUGGCAGUGGCAUCUUUUUCCAAUUCUUUCACCUCUCCUUCUCAUUACAGACUCGGAUUUUCUCCGGAAAAUCCUCUCCUCAAUCAAUCUCCGACCGUCCAUCUCUCCAUUACAAGAAAUCUUCUCUAGUCAUGAGAAGAAGUGCAGUUUCUCUCCCUCCGACUGUCUGCAAAGCGGUCUCUGUUAAGCCCCAAACAGAUAUUGAAGGGGUCAACAUCGCUGAAGAUGUCACGCAGCUUAUAGGGAAGACACCGAUGGUGUAUCUGAAUAAUAUUGUGAAAGGUUCUGUUGCAAAAAUUGCUGCCAAGCUUGAGAUCAUGGAACCAUGCUGCAGUGUUAAGGACAGGAUAGGUUACAGUAUGAUCGCUGAUGCAGAAGAGAAGGGACUUAUAACACCUGGAAAGAGUACUUUGGUGGAAUCAACAAGCGGAAACACGGGAAUCGGUCUUGCAUUCAUUGCCGCCUCAAAAGGAUAUAAGCUCAUCUUAACAAUGCCAGAAUCAAUGAGCUUGGAAAGGCGAGUUCUGUUGAAAGCAUUUGGAGCAGAGCUUGUUAUUACAGAUGCAGCUAAGGGUGCAAAAGGAUCAAUUCAAAAGGCCGAAGAGAUUUCUAAGAAAACACCGAAUGCGUAUGUACUUCAGCAAUUUGACAACCCUGCAAAUCCUAAGAUACACUAUGAAACAACUGGUCCAGAAAUCUGGGAAGAUACAUGUGGCAAGGUGGAUAUGUUUGUUGCAGGGAUUGGAACUGGUGGAACUAUUUCUGGCGUUGGCCGUUUUCUGAAAGACAAAAAUCCUAACAUAAAGAUUAUUGCUGUGGAGCCUUUGGAAAGCAAUGUACUUUCAGGGGGAAAGCCUGGUCCACAUAAGAUUCAAGGUAUUGGAGCAGGUUUUGUACCUGGAAAUUUAGACCUUGAAGUUGUUGAUGAAGUCUUAGAGAUAUCAAGUGAUGAAGCUGUUGAGACUGCUAAGCAAUUGGCUCUCCAAGAAGGCUUGUUGGUUGGUAUUUCCUCUGGAGCGGCGGCUUCUGCAGCUAUCAAGGUUGCAAAGAGACCUGAGAAUGCAGGAAAACUUAUAGUGGUUGUGUUCCCAAGCUUCGGUGAAAGGUACCUCUCCACUGUUCUUUUUCAGUCGAUUAGAGAUGAAUGUGAGAAAAUGCAGCACGAGCCAUGAAAACUAUUCAAAUGAGCCACUAUUACAUGUGAAGAAAAGGUCAUAUGCUUUUUUGCUUUUUGUUUUUUGUUUAGAUUGGGGGCAAACUAGCGGAAGAAAAGGGAAUGUAAAAGUGUGACAUAAACAGGUGGUAAACUGAUAUCUGGGCGAGGAAGGAAACCGUUUGCACUUGUUUGUUUUGCCAUAGAAAAUUCUUGGAAAAUACUUUUCUUUUGCA